AUGCUAAAACAACCGUUGAAAGAAAACGUCCCCCCCGUUAAAGUGCUGUCCGGGCAGCUGAGGACCGCAGAGAGCCAGGGGACAGCUGGCAGCGGGGACGCUUUGUUUCAGACCGGGCAGGGGUCGACUCUGCCGGUCUCACUGGUGUGGAUGCAGGGAACUGUGCUGGAGGUGCAGCUGGACCGAAACACCGUGCUGCUGUUGGAUGAGACGGGGACGUUUGCUGUUCAGGGCGUUAACAACAUCCCUAAGGGGAAGCCAUGUUUGUCCCAAGGCAAGUAUGUCAUGGUGAUGGGUGUCAUCCAGGCCAUCUCCCCGGAGCCAGUCAUCCGUGCAGUGAAGAUGGCAGACCUCUCGGAGCUCGCCGCGAUUCACAGAAGGAUGUGGAGGCUGGAGGUGGAGGACCUGCAGCAGGUGCUGGCCUGAAUGCGGAGCUGCUGGUGGAAGGACGGUCUGCCCCUGUCGCCCCCUGUGUUCAGCUGGGUGUGGGGUAUGUGAGCUUCGCUUAGUUGGCCAUUUCUCCAGCACUGGCCACAGACAAACAUCAUCUUCAGAUUUGGAGGCCCAAACCUCCUCUGUGCACUGGAAAGCUGCUGAUGAGAUUUGAAGAAUGGAUUAAAAUCUCCGUCGUCAACGCAGAUUUGACA